AUGGAUGAUAUUGAGGAUGAAAACUUAUCAGUGAAUUGGGGCUCAAAGUCAUCAAAUUCCCAUAAGAACUCCAUAAAGUCAAGUAACUCCCUGGUGAAAUCAAAAGGUUCAAAUGGCCUGGAUCUGGAGAAUAUAUUCAAUAACUUUAAAUUCACGUUUAAUUCCACUAUAAAGAGUUCUGAUAACUUAUUAAAAUCUCCUACGAAAUCACUGUUCGGUCAAACCAAUAUCGACGCUUUAGUCGAUGAGUUAGAUAUCGCGUCAAAUAGCAGCUCAAAUUCCUUACAAACUGAGCAAGCAAAGAAGAAAUUAAAACUCUCAGAUAAUCUCACUUCAUCCAUCAAAGAUCUUUCACUCUUUGAGCCAUCUCAUAAAUCUGAUAGGGACAUCUUGAAGGAAGCUAAUCAGUUCAUGGACUUACUCAGAUUCAAUGAUAGUGACAAUUCCCCUUUCAAAACUUCAACUCCUGUGAACGAUGAUAUCAGCCUCCUCAAGUUACGUGAUCCAAAUCACUUUGAUAUGAGCUUUAUACCAAAAUCAAAAUCACACAACGACUUUAAUCAACCUUCAAUUCAAGUGUAUCAUUCAGCAACCCCUUCUACUUCGAAGUUAUCACAAUUUACUUGUCAAAAAGCUCCGGGUCCUACCUCAUUGAAAUUCGUUGAACCAAACGAUUAUCCGUACAAAGAAGAGUAUGGGAAUUAUGUCUUUGAUAGACAUCUGAAAAAAUGGCUACCAAGAUCAGGUUUCUACGAUUCAGAUUCCGAUGCUGAUCCUUUUGAAGGAAUAGAGAGUUUAGGUGAAGAGCCAAAAUCAUCUUUGAGAAACUCACUCAAUCGUCGUUCAGCUUUUAAAGGCUCGUCUACAAAUACACCUUUGCGCUCGGUCUCUUUCAAACACCCUUCACCAAAAUCUCUGAGAAAGUCGAGUCUCAAAAAUCAGGAGGCUCUUAGAAAUGUUUUCAAUUCAAAUAGUCAAAACGAAAUGAUAAAAUCAUCACCUGCGUCUGAGUUCUUUCGAUCAGACAGCUUAUCUAGACCUGAUUCUUCUAGCUUAUUUCAUCGAACGUUGAGCGAGUUAUCGAAUCAGGAUAUCACCCAAGAAAUAAACUUAAACUUGGCAACAAAAGCUAGCUUUUGUAACAGAAGUAUUCAAUCACUCGUUCAAAUUGGCCUCGAAGCUGGAAAUCUACAAUAUCUAGAUUUAUCAAAGAAUAAGAUCACGUGUGUUAAACCUUUGAAGUCUUUAUUACAUUUACGUCAUUUGAACCUUGACGAUAACAAACUACAUAGUCUUGAAGGACUAGAUGGCAUCAAAGGACUUCAAAAGCUUUCAGUUUCGAGAAAUGUUUUGCAUGCGCUAGAUUUUAGUAAUUACCAAUGGCAAGAAAUAGAAUAUAUGGAUUUGAGUAAUAAUGAAAUAAUCGGCAUUCGGGGCAUUGAAGAGCUCAAGAAUUUGUCAUUCCUCUCUUUGGAUAGUAACUUUUUGAAAGAGCUCAAGUUGAACGCAAAGUUUGAUCAUUUGAAAGUGUUGAGAGUCUCAAAUAACAGACUUAAAACGCUAGACGUUCGAAUGGUAACGAAAGUCAGAACUCUAUUCAUAGACAACAACAAACUAAGUGCGCUAUCUGGAAUAAGUGAAUUGAAAAAGCUGGAGAACCUAUCGUGUAGGGAGCAAAAAGGGGAAUACUUUGAAUUAUCGAUGAAGGAUAUAAGGGAUAUCAAGAGGCUUUACCUGAGUGGAAACAAUUUACCUGAAACGUUUCCAGCGGAAUGUUGUUACCAUUUGGAGUACUUGGAGAUAGCAAAUUGUGGUUUGAGAGCGUUACCAAAGAAUUUCUCCGAAGUAUGCCCAAAUUUGAGGGUGUUGAACAUAAAUAUGAAUCCAAUUAAGGAUGUUGAAACGCUAACGAAUCUGAAUAGAUUACAAAGGUUAAGCAUCAAUCGAUGUGAUAUUGAAAAUAUCGAUAUAGCGUAUGAGGUGAUUAGCAGUUUAAUAGAGUUGGAAGUGCUAGAUUUGAGGGACAACCCAUGUACUAGGAAGUACUACGUUGAUAUAAAAGAUGAAAGGACCAAGUAUGCGGUUGCGAUACCUGCAAUUAGAGUGAAACGGAGAAGUGAGAGCAUUGAGAAAGUGGAAGAGUGGAUAAAGAUGGACAAGGAGUACGUAGAGAUGGAGAUGAAGGAUGAAGAUUAUAUAAAGCGUAUAGCUUACAGGGGAAUAAUGAAGAGCGUAUGCAAUACAUUAAAGGUAUUGGAUGGAAUAUCAAUAACGAGUCUAGAUGAGGACAAAGCUGUUAUUUUAACAAAAAGGUUAAAACAAUUAGAAAUUGUAUGA